AUGUCUCGAUAUCCGGGAAGACGGCAUGUCCGAUGGCAACCAACCUCCAUCGGAUCGACCGACACACCCAAGACAUCAGUCAUCGAUACAUCAACACCGUUACUGAAACGGCAACCAUACUACCCAAUACUACAGGUCUUCUCCCAGCUCGAUGAAGUUACCACCACAAUCUCCAUCGUAUCGAUCUCGGACGGUGUAGGCUCAAAUAUAAAUGAAAACUACUUAGGGGCUCUGGCAGCCCAACUCCACGUUGAGAGUCUGGAUGACAAGGAUGCUGAGGAUUACCUUGUUCUAUUAAGGUCGCUCGAGGCAGUCCUGAGAAGCAUCGACAAUGCACCAGACUACAUCGCGCCAGACUUGCUUCCACAAAAGACGCUAGAAGAUCGCAUCUUUUGGCAACCAGCAUCGAAAGACAACCCCUUCAACGGCUGGAGUCACCAAUGUGAUAUAAAAUCCGCGUCUCCGACUAGCAAGCUACUGGGUGGACGUACCGUUGCUGUCAAGGAUAACAUAUCUGUUGCAGGGCUACCGACAACCCUUGGCCUGCACCAGUCACUAUUUCCGGAGGGCAAUGGGUACCCCAUCUCUCCUAUCGAUGCAGUAGUGGUGUCGCGGAUUCUUGAAGCCGGAGGCAUCAUCAAAGGCACGUCAACCUGCGAAAGCUUUUGUGCCUCGCCCUUGUCCUUCACCUCGGCCACAGGGCCAGUCCAUAAUCCGCUUUUGCACAACUACACGGCCGGCGGGAGCAGCAGCAGCUCCGCAGUGCUAGUUGCGGCUCAUCAACUGGCAUCGAGAGGGGGCUUCUCACCAAGCGGCCAAACCGUGGAGUUGGCUAUUGGCACCGACCAAGCCGGGUCGCCUACCUUUGGUUUAGUCCCCUACACUGGCGCAGGGUCUAUGUCGCCCAUGAUCGACCACAUGGGGCCGCUGGAGGCCGAGCUUGAGGACGUUGCUGUGCUGUUAGAGGUCAUGGCAGGCUACGAUGGCUACGACCCGCGGAUGACUCCAGAAACCCCUUUGGUACAUCGGGUCAAGCCUUACCUAAAACUACUGCUCCAGGCGAGGCAAGAGAUCCAAUCGAAAUUGAACCCUGGUCACAAGCUGAGGGUUGGCCUGCUGAAGGAAUCUUUCCACAUCCCCGGGGUUGCUGCCGACGUGCGAGACAUCGUCUAUCAGACAGCAACACGAUACUUUGAGGCUAUAGGGGCCUGUGUUGUCGAGGUUUCUAUCCCAAUGCACCAGGAAGGUCCGGCAAUCUGGACAGCAGCCACCAGACCGUCCAUGUCGAGUUACUUGUGCGAGGGCAACCCCUCCGGCCACCUUUCCUUCCUGUCGCCGCAUGCGCAGACCAAAUGGCCUCCCUCCCAGGAAACACAACCCAUCUGGUUGGAGGCCAAGGCGCAUCGCAUGGUCUUCGCUCUCAGAGCCGCCUACGAUUCCGCCCUUGAGCAUUUAGAUGUCCUCAUCACGCCUUGUGCGCCCACAGUCGCGAUGAUACACCCGGAUCCGAAUGGUCCUGAUGGGAGACGGGCCUCGGUCCUGGAUAGACUUGAUGUCGCCGUUGGCCUGACCAGGAAUACUUGUCCUUUUAAUGUUACUGGCCAUCCCGCCUUGAACGUCCCUCGUGGUUUCUCCACUGCCGAAUGUCAUCCGGAUGUCCCGCUGCCUGUAGGUACGCAGAUUGUGACAAGGCGUUGGGCUGAUGAACAGCUGAUUGAGGCUGCGGCUUUAUUUGAACGAGGACGAGAGGUAUUGAAGACCACGGUGGAUGGUAGGAAAUAA